ACCAUCAACCUGCAAGAUGAACCAGUCAGAGAGCCCCAUGGAAAUUGAAAAAACGAUUUACGUUUUUGUGGAAGUCCUCAUAGCAGGGUUCUGCUGUCUGGGGAACGUGUUGGUUGUUUUGGCUCUGUGGAAAACUAGAAUGGUCCAACAACCCACUUACUGCCUUAUUGUCUCUCUGGCUGUGGCUGACUUUCUUGUUGGAGCCGUGGCCAUACCGUUAGCUGUGCUUGUGGAUGGGCGAGUAAAGACUUCAUUCCACACUUGUCUCUUCAUCAGCUGUGUGGUCAUCCUGCUGACGCUAGUCUCUGUUCUCUGUCUGACGGCCAUUGCAGUGGACCGUUACCUGCGUCUCUCCCUCCCUUUCUGGUACAAAAGGACUGUAACCUGGAGGCAUUCUUACUACGUGGCUGCUGCAUCCUGGCUUCUUGCAUUCCCGCUGAGCUUUACCCCCAUGUUUGGAUGGCAUUCAACCCCUCUAAACUCUUCAAGAUCAGAACCGUGCACGUUUAUAAAAGUGAUUCCCUCAGACUACCUGGUGUAUUUUAACUUUUUCCUCUGCACCUUAACACCAUUGCUGGUGAUGACUGUAUUGUACAGCUAUGUUUUCUGUCACGUUCGAGAAAAUCUCAGAGAGAAACCAGGCAAUGGUGCCCAAAACCAGUCUCGAAGCUACCUAAGGAAAGAGAAAAAGCUGGCGUCAUCUCUGUCUCUGGUCUUGGCCCUUUUUGCCCUUUCCUGGCUACCUCUUCACAUUAUGAACUGUAUCACAUUUUUUAAAGGGUCACAAACUGUAAACCAUAUAGCUAUCCAUGUCGGCAUUGCCCUUUCUCAUGCUAAUUCGGCAGUAAACCCAGUUGUGUAUGCAUUUAAAAUGAAGAAGAUCAAGAGAGCAUACAUAAACAUCUGGAGACGGUAUACUACCUGUGAAGGAGAAUAUCAAGGAUCUCAGAGCAGCAAGACUGAUAAUGGGCCCGGCUGCAACAAUAUCAGUGAGACCGAUGACAACUAAAGAACAUUAUCUGAGAACAUGCUGCAGCUUUUUCAUUCUUGCUAAGGUUUUUAUUAACACUGAUCAUUGUGGUGUAUUUAGGAAUGGUAAUAAUGUAUUUCUGAAUAUGUUAUUGUUGAUGAUGAUAUCAGUUGAUUUGUUGAUGAUGAUAUCAGUAUAUGACUCGUAAUGGUGUGUAUUUAAAUAAUUUUGAAGGUGAUCAUAUUGGCAUAUCAAUAAAUAGUGAAUCAAUCUA